GCAGGCAUUUGAGGUUUGUGGGGAAGCUUGAAGUACUCGCUCCGAGCCGGGACACCUUGGCGCGACCAUGGAUCGGAAGAAAAAGCCUUUGGAUGUCACGGCCUCCUCGUUGGUAGACCUUAAGGCUGAACUCUUCCGAAAACAAGAAGAAUUCAAACAAGAAAAACUUCUAAAAGAUUCUGGAGUUUUGGGAAAACCAAAAACAACUAACAAGAAACCAAGUAUCUGGAGCAAAGAGAAUGCAGGAGUUUCAAAUCGAGCUGAGAAGGAUGCUGAACAGAAGAUUGAGGAACAGAAGACUUUAGACAAAGCAAGGGAGAAAUUGGAAGAAAAAGCCAAGUUAUAUGAAAAAAUGACUAAAGGAGACUUUUUAGAUGAAGAAGUGGAGGAUAUGUACCUUGUGGAUUUCACACAGAAGAUCAUAGACAAACACAAAGAAAUGGAGGCGUUUGGUGCCAGUAGAGAUUCUAUAAAGGCAGGAGAAAGAGACGAUGAUGAAGAAAAUCUUUCUGAAAAAGAUAUACCUCCUCCCCAGGACCCCAGUGAAGAAUGGGUGGAUUACGUGGAUUCUUUAGGGCGAUCCCGGCGCUGCAUGAAAAAGGAUUUACCACAUCUGCUGGAGAUGGAUAAAAAUCUUCAGGGGAGACUUUUUGUUAGUCCUGCUAAUGAAAAAACCUUACUGUCUGAAGAUAUGAGAAAAGAACUUCAGCGCCAGCAAUGGGAGGAAGAAGAAAGGGAGGCCCUGAAAAGGCCAAUGGGGCCCUUACAUUAUGAAGACAUUCGUGAAAAUGAGGCCAGGCAACUUGGUGUUGGAUAUUUUGCCUUUGCCCGAGAUAAAGAGUUAAGAAACCAACAAAUGAAGACUUUAGAGAUGCUACGUGAACAGACAACAGAUCAGAGAACAAAACGAGAAAACAUAAAGGAAAAGCGAAAGGCUAUGUUAGAAGCUAGACUUUCCAAACUCCGACAAAAAAAGAUGAAAACAUCAAAAGAAGAUGGAACAGAAGAAGGAAAGAGAGAUGGAGAUGUUAUUGGGCCUUUGCCACCAGAACCAGAGGCUGUGCCAACUCCACACGUUGCUGUCCAGAGCAGCAAAGUCGAGGUCAUCAUUCAGGAGCGGAAGGACACCAGGCCUGGAGUGCCAUAUGUCCGGGAGUGGGACAGAGGAAAAGAAUUUUCCUUUGGGUACUGGUCGAAGAGGCAGUCAGCUCUUCGGGCUGAGAGAGAGCCCGAGUUUGCCCCACCAUCGGAUUACUUUGUGAGUCAAAAGAGAACUGGUUCCUUCCGUAGCCAGACGUGGAGCAGACCUGAACCUGCACAGGAUGACCCAGACCAGUACCCUGGCCAGAGCCCUGACCCCAGCUGUUCACAUACACCAUCCACGCCUGCCCCCAGCAACUCACCACAAGCCCCCACGGUCACUUUCGAAACGCUGGAUGACAUGAUAUCAUAUUAUAAACAAGUGACAUGAACUUAAAAA